GGAAGGCGGCGGGCGCGCGCCCCGUGAGGCGGUAGUCUCUCUUCAGGGCGGCCGGGCCCGGCCCGGGGCGGGGGGACACGUAGGCGAGUGAACGCCUCAGCGUUGAAGAAAAUCCCGGAUUUCCUAGCUUUUUGUGGUGGAAAAGUGAAGUGAUCCUCCCAGCAUCCGCAGCCUGCCAGAAAAUCGUACUUCCCCCUUGGCCGUCGGUGUACCCACUUCAGAAGUCGCUACAGUUGCCUCCGAAGUGUUACAAGUGUCUUCCAGUUUCUAUUUUUAUAUAAUCUGUAGAACCACAAACAUUAAUAAAGUAUAAAGACAAAGACUCCCAGAUAUUUCACACGCUAUCUAGAAGGAGUACGUCCAUGUUUCCUGUCAUGCCACGGGAUCCCUCUAAAACCAGUCUGGUUUGAACAGCAAAAUUUCUCGUCGUCACUGAGGCACCGUUAUUUGUUCUGCGGAAGAUACUGACAGGAACAGCCCGGCAAAGUACAGCCUGUCAGCAUGGUGGAACACGCCGAGUUUUUGAAGGCUGGGAAGGAGCCUGGCCUUCAGAUUUGGAGGAUUGAGAAAUUUGAUUUGGUACCAGUGCCAAAAAAUCUGUAUGGAGACUUCUUCACGGGAGAUUCCUAUCUGGUGCUGAACACCAUCAGACAGCGGAAUGGGAACCUCCAGUACGACUUGCAUUUCUGGUUGGGAGAUGAAAGCUCUCAAGAUGAGCGUGGGGCAGCUGCCAUAUUCACUGUCCAGAUGGACGACUACCUUCAAGGGAAGGCUGUUCAGCAUCGCGAAGUGCAAGGCCAUGAGUCCUCAACUUUCCUGGGGUACUUCAAAUCUGGCAUCAAGUACAAGGCUGGUGGCGUGGCUUCUGGCUUCAGACAUGUGGUUCCCAAUGAAGUAACUGUGCAGAGGCUUCUGCAGGUCAAAGGCAGGCGAGCAGUCCGAGCAACAGAGGUCCCUGUCACCUGGGAGAGCUUCAACACAGGGGACUGUUUCAUCCUUGACCUUGGCAGUAACAUCUUUCAGUGGUGUGGCUCCGACAGCAACCGCCAAGAACGGCUGAAGGCCACUGUGCUGGCCAAGGGGAUUCGGGACAACGAGCGGAAUGGUCGCGCCAAGGUCUACGUUUCGGAGGAAGGAUCAGAGCGGGAGGAAAUGCUUCAGGUCCUGGGACCAAAGCCCAGUUUGCCACCAGGUGCUUCUGAUGACACCAGAAUUGAUACAGCCAAUAGAAGGCUGGCUAAGCUAUAUAAGGUCUCCAACGGGGCUGGGAACAUGGCAGUUUCCCUGGUGGCAGAUGAGAACCCCUUCUCCCAGGCGGCCCUGAGUACGGAUGACUGCUUCAUUCUGGACCACGGCACAGAUGGAAAGAUCUUUGUUUGGAAAGGCAAGAAUGCCAACUCUGAAGAGAAGAAGGCAGCACUGAAAACAGCUUCUGAGUUCAUUGAUAAGAUGGGUUAUCCGAAGCAUACCCAGGUCCAAGUCCUCCCUGAGAGUGGUGAGACACCUUUGUUCAAGCAAUUCUUCAAGAACUGGCGGGACAAGGACCAGACAGAAGGACUGGGACAGGCUUAUGUUUCUGGUCAUGUUGCCAAGAUCGAGAAGGUACCCUUCGAUGCUGCCACUCUGCACACCUCCAAGGCCAUGGCUGCCCAGCAUGGAAUGGAGGAUGAUGGCUCUGGCCGGAAACAGAUAUGGAGAAUAGAAGGCUCAGAGAAAGUGCCAGUGGAUCCUUCGACGUACGGCCAGUUCUACGGAGGGGAUAGCUAUAUCAUCUUGUACAAUUACCAGCAUGGCGGAAAACAGGGACAGAUUAUUUACACUUGGCAGGGCGCCCAUUCCACUCAGGAUGAAAUCGCCACCUCGGCAUUCCUCACAGUCCAGCUGGACGAGGAGCUGGGGGGCAGCCCCGUGCAGAAACGAGUAGUGCAAGGAAAAGAGCCACCUCAUCUGAUGAGCAUGUUCGGUGGAAAGCCCUUGAUUGUUUACAAGGGUGGAACCUCUCGGGAAGGUGGCCAGACAGCACCUGCAGAAACGCGGCUGUUCCAGGUCCGAUCCAGCACCUCGGGAGCGACCAGAGCGGUGGAGCUGGAUCCUGCUGCCAGUCAGCUGAACUCCAACGAUGCCUUUGUCCUGAAAACUCCCUCUGCUGCUUACCUGUGGGUGGGCCAAGGAGCCAGCGAUGCUGAGAAAUCAGGAGCACAAGAGCUGCUGAAGACACUGGGAGCUCGCCCAGUGCAGGUUUCUGAGGGCAGAGAGCCAGAUAAUUUCUGGGCAGCUUUGGGUGGAAAAGCUCCUUACCGUACCUCUCCCCGGCUGAAGGACAAGAAGAUGGAUGCUCACCCCCCUCGUCUUUUUGCAUGCUCCAACAAGAGCGGACGCUUCACUAUUGAAGAAGUUCCUGGAGAGCUGACUCAGGAUGACCUCGCCACAGAUGACGUUAUGCUCCUCGACACGUGGGAUCAGGUCUUUGUAUGGAUUGGGAAAGAUGCCCAAGAAGAAGAAAAGACUGAGGCUUUGAAAUCUGCUAAACGGUACAUUGAGACUGAUCCAGCCAGCCGAGAUAAGAGGACUCCAGUCACAGUCGUCAAGCAAGGCUUUGAGCCGCCAACCUUCUCCGGCUGGUUCCUGGGCUGGGAUGACGACUACUGGUCUGUUGAUCCCCUACAGAGAGCGAUGGCAGAUGUGGAUGUCUAAGUAACAUGGUUUUUCUUUUUUUAAAUGGAGCAAGUUUAGUGCCUUCAAUGCCUUCAAGAGCUACUUCCUCCUGCAGGACGCAUGUUAACAAGGCAGUGAUGUUAAUAGCCAAUUAGCUGUGCAAUAAUUACCGAAAACAAUCAUGACCAGACAUUGACCCUUCUCCUUGCUUUGAUUAUAUUUAAUACAAUAAAAGCUUGUAUGGAAUAUGUGGAGAA